AUCAGCCUGUGGAAUCUGCGCGUAAAAUAUGAUACAAUUGGCGUAUCCGAAGUCCAUCAACAGACCAGUCAUGGUCAGACAACAAUGAAAAUAUAAUGUGGCACUACGAUGGUUAUAGAAAAUUCACUGCACAAAGAUUAGGAGGUGACACAGACUAGUUCAGGGAAAAUUGGAAAGUCUUUUUUAUUUGCAUUAGAUAAACAUAAUUUAUGCCAAAAAAAAAAUACGACGAGAAGAAAUUAAGACUCGAGAUCAAGCUGCUAGCUAAACAUGGAGAUUUGAAUGGUUUUUCAGAUUUAUUGCAAGUAAUUUUGGUCGGAUUUGUAUGAACUGUACGGUAAAUAAAAUAAACUAUUAAGGUUGACGAAGUUAAGUUUCAUUAUAAACCAGAGAUGGAGGACUUGGAGCCCACCAAUAAUGUAGAAGUCAAGAAUAGCAAAUUUGGGGUAACUUUAGAGCCAGUCAUGAUGUUAAUAAAUAUUGGAAUACAUGCAAAUUUGAUGGUGCAGACUAAUCUAUUCGAAGAACGUGUAUGCCUUCAUAGUGAUCUCGGACAAAAUAAAUCUGUGAAUUGUUACAAUAUGACUUCAGCUGAACAAGAAAUAGUUCAGCCAGCUGCGGCAGAUUAUUUGAUGAUUAAAAACUUAAUUGAGUCAUUUGUACCUUGUAUAAUGACAUUGUUUUUAGGUGCCUGGAGUGACGUGAAUGGCCGUAUACCUUUGUUAUUAAUAGCUAUCUCAGGCAUGGUAAUAUCUAACUGUAUGUUCAGCGCAUUUUCUACUAUACCAAAUCUGUCUCCCGUUAUGUUUUUGCUGUGCAGCCUACCGAUUGCCUUAAGUGGUGGAACUAGUGUAUUGUAUUUAGCUGCAUUUUGUUAUUUUGUUGACAUCAUCGAUAGUAAAUCAAGAGCUUUCAGGUUAGGUAUUUUAUACACAUUUAUCAACUUUGGAUCAAUACUUGGAUCUGUACUGAGUUCAAUAUUGUAUAAUAAAUCUACUACUUACGCUUAUUGCCUUUCAUCGUUUGUUUCGAUAGCUGGACUUCUUUAUACGUAUAAUUUUCUUGAGGAAUCAAUAGUCAUUAAAAUGGGAGCAAAUACAAAACUAUUCAACAUCAAACUGGUAAAAAAUAUGUGGCAAACUGUUAUAAAACAACGACAAGGGUACUUAAGAUGCGUAAUUAUACUAUCUACACUGUCGUUAACUCUUAAUUUUAUCAUUUUACUUGGAGAAAGUUCGUAUAUGUAUAUGUAUCUACAGAAACAAUUUGGGUGGACGAUGGAAAAAUAUUUACCGUUUACAGCGUAUACUACACUAUUACACGCCACCGUUCCCGUGAUCGUUGUGUACGUGUUCAACACCAAACUUCAAAUUCCUGAAAUGUUUAUCGUUACCGCUGUUACAGCCCUGGGGAUUUUCGAAAAGGUUGGUUUCGCGUACUCGGUGUAUGAAUGGCAAUUUUAUGCUGUGAAAAUUGUUGGAAGCACUGUGUACGCAACUCCAACGUUGGUACGAUCUCAAUUAUCCAAAUGUCUUCCAUCAAAAGAUAUAGGAAAAAUAUUAACAUUCAUAAGUCUGGUUGAAUCGCAUGGACUAUUACUCUACUCGCCACUAUACAACAUGGUCUACGUUUCAACAAUACACAAUUUCGCAAAUUAUAUAUUUUUAUUUUCGGCAAUACUUGACACAUUUAUGUUUGGCUUAUUCGGAACAAUAUUAUUCUUACUUUCAAGAAGCACCACAACAGUUGAUUUUUCAAUCGAAAACCUAUUUUAACCAGAUCAAAAACAAACAUUUAAUGUUCAUAAUAACACUUUUUCUUGCAUUAAAAAUGAUAUUUACAAAAAUCAUGUUUUACUUUCACAAAUGUCAUAUAACAUAAUCAAUUUACACUGAACAUAACUUAUAUAAUGA